AUGUCGCUGGCUCUGAGGUUGACGCCGGCUGGUGAGCCGCUGGAGGACCCAGAGGACUUCUUUGGGGACUCACUUGGGGUGGUCUUUGAGGAUGAUACCAUGAAUCUGCAUGGCGAUGCCGACCAUGGCCUGCUCUACACGUCCCCUCACCUCCCGAAACCACUUCACAUCAGCCUGGCCGACCCUGCAGGCGACGAAGACCGCCAGCUCUUCAGCCACUAUCUCUGGAACGCCUCCCUCCUGCUCGCCGAAUUUGUCGAGGCCGGCACCCUCAUUGCCCAGAAGACCACCUCUUCCCCCCUCGGCCCAGCCCUCACAGACUUCGAUAUCACAGGCCUCACCACCAUCGAGCUGGGCGCGGGCACCGCUCUCCCCUCCCUCCUCGCCGCCCUGUAUGGCGCAGAACGCGUCGUCAUCACGGACUACCCUGCCCCGGCCAUCCUCGCUAAUCUUCGAGACAAUGCCGCGCGCAACCUGCUGCCCGCCCACUCGCCACUCGCCCGCGUCGCAGACUUUGAGGUCGUGGGCCAUGCGUGGGGCGACCUUGAUUCCUCCUCUUCCUCUUCCUCCUCCUCACCACCAACCACAGCAACAACCCUCACUUCUCUCGCCGCCACCGGCCGCGGCGCCUUCGAUAGGGUCUUCAUCUGCGACUGCCUCUGGAUGCCCUGGCAGCACGAUAACCUCCUGCGCUCCGUGGCCUGGUUCCUGCGCGCGGGGAGGGAGGCGCGGUGCUGGUGCGUCGCGGGGUUCCACUCGGGGCGGGCGGCGAUGCGGGGGUUUCUGGAGGCCGAGAAGCUGGCAGGGGUGGGCCUGGAGGUCGAGAGGAUCUGGGAGCGGGACUGUGAUGGGGUCGAGAGGGCGUGGGAAUGGGAUCGGGGGAUUGAGGAUCCUGCGGGGCGGAAGAGGUGGCUUGCUUUUGCGGUGUUGAGGAGGAUGAGGGUUGGCGAUGAAGAGGACGAGAGUGGGGUUUUGGGUGGUGGUGGUGGAGGUGGGGAGGAGGUGGAGGGAGGAGAAGGGGGCCGAUGA